GCCAACUCAUCCGUAUCGUCUUCCCCUUUCUCUACGUUUUGCCAAUGGGGUCCACAAUUCAUCCAAGCCGCAAAUAUGUGAUAAGAACUAUCUCAAGUCUUCAGAUGCUCAUGUUUUAGCGAAGAUCAAUGAAUAUGCUUCAGUGCUGUAUAUCCAAUAUUUUGUCAUCAGAGUCAUUCGACUCCACACACAUUAAUGUCAAACUCUAGUUUUCAUCCUCCAAUCCAAACACUUUCUCAUCCCAGCGACUGCAUUAUCUUCAUUCCCAUUUCCCAUGUCUUCUUCCACAGUUCUGCAAUGUCUCAAAUCAUGGAAACUUCCUCCAUCUCUUUGCCUCAAAAUCUGUCUGUCCCUUUCCACCUUCGUCCUCGUCUUCUUCCUCGUCCACAAAGCUAAUCUUUACAAUCCUACUGCAGAAUUCAACUUCAGCCAUGCCGUUCGGCACUAUACCACGACCACCGCUUCUGUCGUGGGCGAUGGAGAACCCACCAAUAUCUCGCAUAUUCUAUUCGGCCUUGGCGGCUCCGCCAAGACCUGGCCCAAGCGACGGCCCUACGUCGAGCUUUAUUGGCAACCUAAUGUUACCAGAGGCUUCGUGUGGAUGGACCAGAAGCCUCCAGAAAAUGAGACAUGGCCGGAGACUUCGCCGCCCUACAAAGUCUCCGCCGAUACAUCGUCCUUCAACUACACCUGCUGGUACGGUGACCGUUCCGCGAUUCGUCUCACGCGCAUCAUUAAGGAGAGCUUCGAACUUGGCUUGAAAAACGUGAGGUGGUUUGUCAUGGGUGAUGACGACACUUUGUUUUUCCCCGAGAAUUUAGUGACGGUAUUGGCCAAGUAUGACCACAACGAUUUGUACUAUAUAGGAGUCGAUUCGGAGAGUGUGGAGCAAGAUGUUACAUUCUCUUACAAGACCGCGUUCGGCGGCGGCGGAUACGCCAUCAGCUAUCCCCUCGCGGAGGAGCUUGUGCAGAUUCUAGACGGCUGCGUCAACCGGUACGCUCAGUUGUACGGAGGUGAUCAGAAGAUCCAAGCCUGCGUCAGUGAGAUUGGCGUUCAAACGACGAAAGAGCGUGGUUUUCAUCAGGUUGAUAUAAGAGGAAGUUCAUACGGCUUGCUCGCGGCGCACCCAGUGGCGCCGCUGGUGUCACUGCACCACAUCGAAGCAGUGGACCAGCUGUUUCCGAGCUCGACCCGGGUCGAGUCAUACAAGAAGCUAGUGAAGGCGUAUAAAAUGGAUUCGGGUCGGAUCCUGCAACAGAGCAUCUGUUACGACCUGCGACGGAACUGGUCCAUAUCGGUGUCGUGGGGCUACACUGUACAGUUGUAUCCUUCAUUGUUGACGGCCAAAGAACUGGAAACGGCGUUGGGGACGUUUCAGACAUGGAACAGUUGGAGUGAUCAGCCAUUCGUGUUCAACAUCCGAUCCGUGAGCGACCCUUGCCGGAGGCCGGUGGUGUAUUUCAUGGAUCGGGUCGAGAGCGUGGGCAGAGAGGAGACCCGAUCCACGUACGUCAGGUAUGGGGACGUAUUGGAAAAGAAAUGUAAUGGAGAUAACUACACGGCGACCAUGCGGGUUGACUUUGUCAACAUCAAUGCACCUCAGUUUUCUCAAGACCUGUGGAAUAAGGCGCCACGUAGACAAUGUUGCGAGGUGAUGAGUAACAGUAACGUGGGGGAGAGUAUAGUAGAGAUCAAAGUCAGAGGUUGUCAUCGAUUCGAGAGUGUGACUCCACCAAAGUGAAAGUGGGAGGCAUCGAUGUCGGCCAAGAAAAUCGAUCAAUGAGAUUCUAGAACCUUGUGUUCCUUUGCCCUAGCUCUUCUAUCUAGACAACAAUUCCGAUUAGCCACCUCAAUGACAAGUGAUGAAAAAGGUACAUCGUCAUCUUCCCUUUUUAUCGAUUUCAAUCAUUCCCUCUAUCUUCAUCCAUCCGAUGCGCAAAUUUCAACCCUAGUCUCGCAAGUUUUGACGGGUUCUAGCAACUACAUUGUUUGGAGUCGCAUCAUUCAUCUUGCAAUUCUUGGAAAGAAUAAGUUGGGAUUUCCAGAUGGGUCUUGCACUAGGAAACGACAAGAUCCCAAGCUACAUAACCAAUGGGGUCGAUGUAAUGCUGCAGUGCUCCUAAACUCAGUGGAUAAGCAGAUAGUCAAUGAGAUUUUUUUUUUUUUUUGAGAAUGCUCAUCUUGUCUCUGUCGACUUGCAAGAAUGUUUUUACAAGGUUGAUGGUGCGCAAAUCUACCCUCUGCAUCAAGUUUUAUCUUCUUGCACACAAGGCUCGCUUAGUUUUUUUGAGUAUUUUACCAAAUUAAAGGAGAUAUGGGAUG